GCUGGGAGCCCUCCGAGGUUUGAACAGAGUGGCGGCAAAACCAGUGCGGACGGAAUACACCGGGACCGGAGACGUGCAUUCCGCUUCACCGACAGACAGCAACCCUUCGCAGUAUGGCCUCCAGGACACCCCGCAAAAGGAAGCACAGCUCUGCCGCUUCCGACGGGCGACAAUCUGCGUUUGGAACGCCGACUAAGAAGUUAUUGGUGGAUUACGACGUUGUUUCUUCCCCCCUGACGACCCGGAGCUGUAAUCUGAGCAGCUCGGCGAAGCGCUCGCCUUUGUGCGGAUUCACAGACACGGAGGACCUGAUGGAUAAAGAGAACUUCGUGCCUUCUCCUCGUAAAUCCAGAACCGCCAGGAAACUCCUGAUUUCCCCGACCCAAGUUACCACCUGCGAUGCGUCGCCGAAGUCCGAGUUCAAGGCGGCCGUCCCGGCGAUUUCUUUCUAUAAGAAGGACAGCGUGUACGUGACGCCUCUGGACAGAAAGAUCAUUAAUCAGAGCCGGCUGUCCUCGUCCAGGAGCGAUGAGAGUUCCUUCUGUUCUCCGGACAAACCGAAGAGAAGCCCCGAGGUGAGGGAUGCCUACGGGUUUCCGCAGGCCAAGAAGCCCCCCAGUAAACGGAAGCCCAAUCCUAAACGUGGGAAGGUCCCCUCCAGCGCUGGGAGAAAGACCGCGGCAAAUACUCCGCCGGCCAAGCCCGCCCCGGUACCGGAGGACGGCAUAAAAAGCGGCGUGCUGGGUUUAAAGAUGAAGCAGCGGCCGAAGCUCACGGUCGGCGCGGCUUUUUUUGCCACGAGCAGGAAGCCGCAUUCGGCUCCCAAGAAACCCGCCGCCAAUAUUAAAUUCCCUCCUUCGGCGAAAGCCGCGGUCAGGCCGGCGAGGCAGCCCAACGCCCUGACCGCUCUGUGCGAGAAGGUCUCCUCGUCUGCCGGGAAAGUCCAAGGAGAUGGCGUCGGGGUGGAGUCUCAGAGUCGGGGGCUACCUGGUACCAAGUCUCUGUCAGAAGAUCAAACUAGAGCUGACCUAAACAAAGGGUUAAAAGAAGCUACAGAGAAGACGAGCGAGCUUUCUGUCAGCCAGCCCAGUCAACGGCUCGCCCCUCAGGCCGAUUCGCCAAAGCAAGGGGCUGCCGGAGCGCCGCCGGGCGUUCCUCGCUCCUCGUCGCCGUUUGACGUGGAUGAGCCGAUACUGGAAGCCGCGGAUAAGAAAGCUUCUACAAUUUAUCCGAUUUUUAGCACUCCGGGAGCCGGUAAGAAAAGGGCUUUCGAUCUUCGUGGUGAACUAUCGUCCCCGGUCUGUUCCAGCACCCCGUCGGCAACUCCCAUCACACUAAACAAACUCCACAAGCAAAGCAAGAGGAAGAAAGAAGCGGGCAAGGAGGCCGACGACCAGCUCAUUAUUGAUGCCGGGCAGAAGCACUUUGGGCCGGUGGCCUGCAGCACGUGCGGGAUGGUAUACUCGGCGGCCAGUCUCGAGGACGAAGCUCAGCACGUUCAGUAUCACAGGAGGCUGCUGGAGGGCAUCAGAUACGUGGGCUGGAAGAAGGAACGCGUUGUGGCGGAGUUUUGGGACGGAAAGAUUUUGCUGAUUACGUCGGGCGAUCCAAAAUAUGCUCUCAAAAAGGCGGAGGAGGUGCGGGAGCUCGUGGACAGCGAGCUGGGCUUCCAGCAGAUCUCACUGUCUUCUCCGAGUCAGACCAAGAGCUACCUGUUUGUCUCCAACGAGAAGAAAAUAGUUGGCUGCGUUAUUGCGGAACCCGUCAAGCAGGCGUACAGGGUGCUCACCGAACCCCCGUCUCCCGAGUCCGCCAAGCGGGGAGUGUUGGAUCGGCACAGAGCCUGGACCUGCUCCACCACGCCAGAACCUGCCGUUUGUGGCAUCAGCCGCGUCUGGGUGUUUGCACUCAUGCGCCGGAAGGGGAUCGCCAAGCGCUUAUUGGAUGCAGUCAGGACUUCCUUUAUUUACGGCUCGCACAUCACCGCCGAGGAGAUCGCCUUCUCGGAUCCCACUCCCGACGGCAAGCUGUUCGCCGGCAGCUACUGUGGAGCCCCCGACUUCCUCGUGUACAACUUUGUCAGUUAGAAGCUGCGGCUUCUGUCCGAUGAUCGGAAAUGUUUCCCGGCGGGAGCCUGUUGCACCUUUUCCCUGUCGAUGUUCGCUGCUGCCCAGGCCCUUCAUUAUUAGUUAUUUGCCCCCGUUUUACCCUGUGAAUACUGCCUCUCAGUGUACAUUUAAGAUACCGCCCCACUAGAACCCCACAAAGAAGCGGACUAUCGCAUACAUAAUAUAACACAGAUUCUACUGUAUAUGCGUAUAAUAUAUAUUAUAAUAGAGGCAUGUUUUGCACAGACGCCGGUUCCAGGGCUUUUCUCGGAGACGGCCCCCAUGUAUAAUGUUCUCGUGCAGAUUUGUGGGAGGAUUGGCGCGUAUUACACCAAAGUUAAAAAUC